GUAGGAAAGGGACUUGACACUAAAUCAUGACUGAUGGGUUAUAUAGGGAUGGGACUGCUUUCUCUUUUUUUUUUUCUUUUCAGGUGCCUCAUCAGCUUUUCAGACUUUCAUAGUUUAUUCGAACUCCGCUCCAGGUUUACCAUCCAACCUUUCUUACAUUGGAGGGGUUUUGGUGUUUCCAUGUUAGCAGAGCACUCAGUAGCCACGAAAUUGACUCAGUGUCAAAAAGAAAAGGAGAGAUCUCCGAAGAUACCUGAGUGGCACUGUUAUGUUUUAGGCCACUGCACGACAAAGGGAAAAGAUUAAACUGAAUGAUAGCAUCAUCACCAAGGCUCAACCGAAAAUAUGCGACUAGGUAUCCAUGGCCUUGUGAACCCGACGCCUACUGGACAGCACUAUGAUCGCGUCAGCGACCACCGCCAGCAAUCACUCACAU